GAGGCUGAGGAGGCGCGGGGGGCGGGGAGGCUCGGGAGCGGGCGACGGCGGCAGCGGCGGAGGAGGAGGCAGCGGCUGGGCCCGGGCCCCGUGCGUCUGUCCGCGCUCCGUGAAUGCGAAUCGGCCGCGGCGGAGGCGGCGGCGGAGGCGGAGUCGGUGGGCCGGCGCCGGGCCGGUGGGAGCGCGGAGGAUGAGGCCGCUGCCGGGCGCUCCUGGCGUGGCGGCGGCCGCCGCGCUGUUGCUGCUGCUGCUGCCGCCUCGGGCCCGGGCGGACGAGCACGAACACACGUAUCAAGAUAAAGAGGAAGUUGUUUUGUGGAUGAAUACUGUUGGGCCCUACCAUAAUCGCCAAGAAACAUAUAAGUACUUUUCACUCCCAUUCUGUGUGGGCUCAAAAAAAAGUAUCAGUCAUUACCAUGAAACUCUGGGAGAAGCCCUUCAAGGAGUUGAAUUGGAAUUUAGUGGUCUGGAUAUUAAAUUUAAAGAUGAUGUAAUGCCAGCCACUUACUGUGAAAUUGACUUAGAUAAAGAAAAGAGAGAUGCAUUUGUGUAUGCCAUCAAAAAUCACUACUGGUACCAGAUGUACAUAGAUGACUUACCAAUAUGGGGUAUUGUUGGUGAGGCAGAUGAAAAUGGAGAAGAUUACUAUCUUUGGACCUACAAAAAACUUGAAAUAGGUUUUAAUGGAAAUCGAAUUGUUGACGUUAAUCUAACUAGUGAAGGAAAGGUGAAACUGGUUCCAAAUACUAAAAUACAGAUGUCAUAUUCAGUAAAAUGGAAAAAGUCAGAUGUAAAAUUUGAAGAUCGAUUUGACAAAUAUCUUGAUCCGUCCUUUUUUCAACAUAGGAUUCACUGGUUUUCAAUUUUCAACUCCUUCAUGAUGGUGAUCUUUUUGGUGGGCUUGGUUUCAAUGAUCUUAAUGAGAACUUUAAGAAAAGAUUAUGCCCGGUACAGUAAAGAAGAAGAAAUGGAUGACAUGGAUAGAGACCUAGGAGAUGAAUAUGGAUGGAAGCAGGUGCAUGGAGAUGUGUUUAGACCAUCCAGCCACCCACUGAUAUUUUCCUCUCUCGUUGGUUCUGGCUGCCAGAUAUUUGCUGUGUCUCUCAUUGUUAUUAUAGUUGCAAUGAUAGAAGAUUUAUAUACAGAGAGGGGAUCAAUGCUCAGUACAGCCAUAUUUGUCUAUGCUGCUACAUCUCCAGUGAAUGGUUAUUUUGGAGGAAGUCUGUAUGCUAGACAAGGAGGAAGGAGAUGGAUAAAGCAGAUGUUUAUUGGGGCAUUCCUUAUCCCAGCUAUGGUGUGUGGCACUGCCUUCUUCAUCAAUUUUAUAGCCAUUUAUUACCAUGCUUCAAGAGCCAUUCCUUUUGGAACAAUGGUGGCCGUUUGUUGCAUCUGUUUUUUUGUUAUUCUUCCUCUAAAUCUUGUUGGUACAAUACUUGGCCGAAAUCUGUCAGGUCAGCCCAACUUUCCUUGUCGUGUCAAUGCUGUGCCUCGUCCUAUACCGGAGAAAAAAUGGUUCAUGGAGCCUGCAGUUAUUGUUUGCCUGGGAGGAAUUUUACCGUUUGGCUCAAUCUUUAUUGAAAUGUAUUUCAUCUUCACGUCUUUCUGGGCGUAUAAGAUCUAUUACGUCUAUGGCUUCAUGAUGCUGGUGCUGGUGAUCCUGUGCAUCGUGACUGUUUGUGUGACCAUCGUGUGCACAUAUUUCCUACUAAAUGCAGAAGAUUAUAGGUGGCAAUGGACAAGUUUUCUCUCUGCUGCAUCAACUGCAAUCUAUGUUUACAUGUAUUCCUUUUACUACUAUUUUUUCAAAACAAAGAUGUAUGGCUUAUUUCAAACAUCAUUUUACUUUGGAUAUAUGGCGGUAUUUAGCACAGCCUUGGGGAUAAUGUGUGGAGCGAUUGGUUACAUGGGAACAAGUGCCUUUGUCCGAAAAAUCUAUACUAAUGUGAAAAUUGACUAGAGACCCAAGAAAACAUGGAACUUCGGAUCAAUUUCUCUUUCAUAGGGGUGGAACUUGCACAGCAAAAAAAGCGCAAGAAGAGAUUUGGGCUUUAACACUGGGUACUUUGUGGGUCUCUCUUUCAUGGAUGGCUUAAGUAACAUCUAUUUCCAUUGAUCCUAGGUUCUUACUGACUGCUUUCUCCAACUGUUCACAGCAAAUGCUUGGAUUUUAUGCAGUAGGCAUUACUACAGUACAUGGCUAAUCUUCCCAAAAACUAGCUCAUUAAAGAUGAAAUAGACCAGCUCUCUUCAGUGAAGAGGACAAAUAGUUUAUUUAAAGCAUUUGUUCCAAUAAAAUAAAUAGAGGAAAACUUGGAUGCUAAAAUUACAUGAGUAGGAAUCUUCCUGGCACUUAGUGUUUCUACGUUAUUGAAAAAUGAUGUUCCAGAAAGAUUACUUUUUUCUCUUAUUUUUACUGCCAUCGUCGACCUAUUGUGGGACAUUUUAUAUAUUGAAUCUGGGUUUCUUUUUGACUUGUUUUUGGUUUUUUCUUCCCCAAUCCAACUGCAUCCUUUUUUUUUUUAAAAAAAAGAAUUAAAAAAUAUUAAACCCUGCAUGUAAUAUACCUGCUGUCAUCUUAGUUGGACCAACUUCCCAUUUAUUUAUCUUGAAACCAUCCAGUUACAUCUUAAUUCCAUCCAAAGAAGAUACAGUCCGAAGAUAGAGGUGUACUCUCUACAAUGCAAUUUACUGUACAGUUAGAAAGCAAAGUGUUAAAUGGAGAAGAUACUUGUUUUUAUUAAACAUUUUGAGAUUUAGAUAAACUACAUUUUAACUGAAUGUCUAAAGUGAUUAUCUUUUUUUCCCCCCAAGUUAGUCGUACAUCUUUUUGGGUUUGAAUGAAGGCUUUAAAUAAGAAAUUAUUAAAAACAAGGGGGGGUGGGUAAUAACUGUAUAUAACAUUAAAUAAUGUAACGUAGGUGUAGAUUCCCAGGUGCAUUCGGAUGUACAGAUUGACUACAGAGUACUUUUUUCUGAUGAUGAUUGGUGUAGAAAUGUGUGAAUUCGGGUGGCUUUUUACAUCUUGCCUACCAUUGCAUGAAACAUUGGGGUUUCUUCAAAAUGUGUGUGUCAUACUUCUUUUGGGAGGGGGGUUGUUUUCUUCUGUUUCUUUUCUGAGACUCCUACAGGAGCUGGAUUUGUAAUUUAGAAACAUUUAAUUUUGUUAAUCCUGUCUGGGACACUUAAGUAACAUCUAAAGCAUUAUUGCUUUAGAAUGUUCAAAUAAAAUUUCCUGACCAAAUUGUUUUGUGGAAAUAGAUGUGUUUGCAAUUUGAAGAUAUCUGUUCAAAAGGCAAUGUUACUGAAUGCCAUUUAAAAGUAAUAUAUAAUAAACUAUACUUUUCUAAUACAGGGGACCCACACUUUAAAAUCCCCAAACUUGCUUACAUCUAGAUUAUCCAGUAUAGUCAGUCAUAAAGUGAAUGACUAGCCCUUUGAGUGAAAUCAUGGCACAAAAUCUGUUCAGGUUGGUGUACCAUUUAUAGCGGGGAUGGGUAUAGGUGGUUAGCUUACUAUUGGAUAAGCAAAUAAAGAUUACAGUUUCCUAAGAGAAGUGAUUUUAAUUUUUAAUACAUUUUUCUGGAACUAACCAUAAUGUGAAGCUUUUCUAGAACCAUUGAGUUUCUAGUUUAAUAGUUUGCUAUGCAAAUGACCACCUAAAACAAUACUGUAUAUUGGUAUUUUUAGAAAGACUCAAAACAGCUGUUUUAAAACCUUAAUCUGAAACUCAUGACAUUAGUAGUUACAUAAGAUGUUUCCAUUACAAAAUAUGGUUCUAUAAAUUGAUGGACUCCACAUCCUAUACUGUGGCUUGUAAGUCUUAGAAAAAGUAUGAUUUCUUAUCAGUUGAGUAUGCUUGACAUGAACAAAUAGAAAUUUGAUCAGAAGCUGUAGGUAAAUUCUCUUCAAGCCAGAAUUUUAUAUUAAAUGUAAUCUAUUGGUUCUUACCUUUUUUUUCCUUUCUCACUUGCCUUUAAGAUUUUUAUAAAAAAGAAACUAAAAUUCAGUAUUUAAUUGCUUAUGUUACUUUUUAGUUGCAUAUAAAGUACUUUUAGCAUAACAACACAUAGUCUAUGUGAUGGGAGUAUAAAUUGGACAGCAAACUUUUGUCUUAAAUUGAAAUUAGUUUCACAUGGUAUGAAUCUUGCAGGUAAGAUGUGGGGUUUUUAAAAAAUGGGUAGGUUAGCUGCUUUCCGGUGCACCAAUUCUUUUUACUACAUUGAGCUCUAUUUGAAGUUCUUUGGAAUUUGCAGUAAAAAUUUUUCUAAUUUCCGAUUACACUAACAGCAUUAAAAUGAAUAUAAAUCACUUUGAAAAGUCCUUUAGAAAAGGACUUGUAUUGGUUUAUGGCUUCAUAGAGGAGCUGAAUAAAUAUGUGCCUGUGUCUUGAAGAAGAAGUAAUUCACAAGUGGUUUUAGCUACCUAGCUCUCAGCUGUAGAAUGGAAAGUAGAAUAUUAUUUAAGUUAAUUGAAGAAUGGGUUUUUUAUUUACCCCAUUAAUGCCGUGUAUCUGUCUUCCAUUUUGUUAACAUUAUUUGCUCAACUUAUCAAUUGAUGCUUUGAACACUAUCAAAAACUAAGGAUCAACCUUCUCUGCAUAACUUUAAGCAUACUUAUACUGACUUUCUGAAGUUUAACUACACUAGUAGUUGACAUCAUUAUACUUACAUCCUAGUACAAGUGUAGGGUAAGGUGGAAAUGUAAUGGCUGAAGGGAUGGUCAAGCAUUCUUUAGUAUAUCAUGUUGGGCUCCAAGAUUAUACUGGGUUUGCCCAUAAAUCAAACCCCACACUCUUCGAAUUCAUUAUGUUAUGGUGAUAUCUGAACAUAGUGAAUGCUGUGCUCGGGUAUUUUCCACUAAGUGUGGACGGACCUCUUUAUUAAGUUGGUUGCUGCAAAUUCCACUGCUUCCAAAAGCCACUUUGUUUAGGGUUUAUUUACAAAUUGUAUGCAUUUUGAUAUAACUUUUGUUUCCUGAAUGUUUACUCACCACCUUAUGCCAAAUAUCUUGCAAACAAAUGUUAUUAAAAACUUCCUGAAUUUUUAUAAAUGUGAAAAAGAGAAAGCGUAUUAAUAUAAUUUGUUCAGGAAAAGCUACGUACCGAAGGGCUUCUGUAUAUGAAUUCCAGUGGGUGGAAAGCCUAUUUGUAAUCUAUGCACUGCAGUUCUAUCUGGGUUUUAAGUUUAGAUUUCAGUGUGUUUUAGUGCUUCAUUCUGUUGAUUUAUUGGAACAUAUAAUAAAUAGGAGUAGUGACAUAAAAACACAAGUAUUAAUGUUUUAUAUCUUCAUUAAAAUUCUAUAGUUACAAAGUUAAAUUUUAGCAAUCAAGGUGUUGAGAUCAGGGAAGUGAAAAUUUAUGGUGAUUGUUUGGAAGUGUGUACAGAAGUAGACUAGAUUAUAGGUAGGGUAGAUCAGAAAGUUAACAGAUAUACCUGCUGAAAUUUUGUAAGACUUAAAUUCAAUAGAGGAAUAACUCUAGUUCUCUCCUGUGAGCAUUUCCCAAAAGACAUCUGAUCUGACAUUCUUACUGGAGCUGUAGACAGAAAUGUGUAAAGGCAAAUGUAAACAAAAUUAAGUUCUUAUUUCAAUGUUAGGAAAUGGAAAUGAAGAAGCUUGUGAAACCUUAUUUUGAAGUAUUGGUGAACUAGGCUUGGUAAUAAUCAAUAAUGUAGCAUAGUGUGUGUUUACUCCAGUUCAUUAAUUUAGGUUGUUUGAAAAUUAUAAACGUAAGAUUUUAAGGCAAGGAAGAAAUAACAGAGCAUUCUUGGAAAAGCAGUUCCACUGGGCUUUUCAACUGUAUCAAAUUUGAAUCUAAAAAUCCCCAUAGAGUGCAGGCAAUCGUGACAGAGUUGGAAGGAAACAAUUACUGCUUGAUGGUCACUUCCAUUUCGUAUACACCCUUGGUUUGUGUAGGCCAUAUUUCAACUGGCUUUUAGUAAUAGAAAUUCAGUACAUAAUGUAUCAGAUACAAUUCAGGUUCUAAUACAGUCUGUUAAUUUAUCUGAAAUUGGAUUUUUAAAAAGUAAUAAAAAGUUAAAUGUA